AUGUCCGACCGUCCGAUUUUCCACAUUCCAUCGAUGCAGACACCGGCUCCAAUGACUGCCACGAAUUCUUUCCUUCUCCCGCCAUCAGGUUAACUUUUUGUUGUGAUAUUUACAGUUUGUCAUAAUCAAGAGUCAUCUGGCUUGACGCUGUUUUACAUCAUAAACUUGUGAAAAAAAAUCACUUUGUUCAUUUUAAUUUUUUUGUCUUUGGUAUGGAUAGUUGAAAACUUUCAGAAGAUGGAAUUGCAUAUUGCAAGGGACUCUUCAACUAAUUGAUUUUCAUUUGUAGCAGAAAAAAUUUCGAACCAAGUCUUGAGCUGCUGGCAUUCAAUAAUAUCGAUUUUUUCCAGCUAUCCAACCACCCCGGAAUGAUGAAGAACCACAGACCGCCAUCGAAUUGCCUGUAGAAGCCGUUUACGAAGCCUUUCAAACAGCAGAAACUGAUUGUGAGCCUCAACUCCUACAUCAUAUCAUUUUGAUUCGAUUCUUAGCCGCUCGAGAUCCUGCGGUCGUCUUCUCCGAACUCAUAGACGUCGUAACUGUCGAUCCGGCCGAUCCGGUUAUAUACAUUCCUGUUACAUACAUGCCUGACGACAGUCCUGCGUCACCUGGUUCAAUUUGCUUUGAAUAACAUCUCUUUGAUAAAUUUAUGGUUUCUGAACUAUGAAUAUUCCUGCAGUUCUAUCAUGUUGAAACUAGUUAUUUUUAAAGGAAAUUUUUUGAACUCUCAAAUUCUAACUAAUAAUUGGAAUGAGAAUCGGGAUAUAGAGUGCAUUUUUAAACGAAACUUCGGAAACUUCAUGACGUGAAGGAAAAUAAGAAUUGAAAACUUUUGAAUAGCCUGUAGAAUAGUUAUUUUUUACGGGUUCGAAACGUUUCUGAGGAAAAGUUGUCUUUUAGCUCACUUUUCUGUUUCCAGAUCCAUAUGAUGCCGAUGAUGAGGUCUAUUCUUGUUCGUACUCUACGGAUUCAAGCAGAUCUUCUCUUGCAAGCUAUCGAUACCUUACCACGAGUUUGAUUUUUUAUCUUGUUGCUUGAUUAGAUUAUAUAAAAUAUUACCUAGGAAAUGAUUUCGCGCCCCGGAUUGAAUUUUGAUGAAACUUUGCUAAAUUGUACUUUAAGGCCUUCAGAUUCUAAAGUAUGAUAAUAAUUUCUUACAACAAAUCUUGUUUUUGAGUUAUGUGGCUUCAAAGUUUGCGGUGUAAUCUUGAAUAUCUGUUAUUCCUACUGUUGAUAAUUGAAUCGACAAAAACUCUGAAGAAAAAACUCGCUUUGUUUGGAUGGAGUUUUUGGCUUAUAUAAAAUUGCAAGUUUGACACACUUGAAAAAAAGAGGUUUUUCAGCUUACCCGAACAGCCGAUCUUCAAGCAGAUCUUCUAUGGGGAUGGAAGAUUUCUGGGAAGAAAAGAUCGAAGCAGACGCAUGUGAGUCAAUGGUUUUUCUGAAGUUCGAAAGCUAGAAUAAAUGCUUAAUCUUCUAUAACUUGAAGUUUGAAAAAAGAAUCAGAUAAUUUUAGAACAUACCAAAAUCAUUUUCAGACUAAUGAUUCAUUUGUACAUAUUCAACUCUAAAACGCAUAUUUUUCAUCAUUUUUAAAACUGGGAAGCUAUAUUUAAAAGUAUUCUUUUUCCAAGUCGAACUUCUCGAAAAAAGUUGCUUUGAGUUAACCUACGUCAUUUAAGGGGGCACUGAAACCUUUCUCCAGUCUUGGGCAUUUAUCGAACACAUGGAACGUUGGAACUCGGGGACCGGUGAGUGAAUAGUCAUCUUUCUCAAAAAUCAACUAGAUGAAAAGAAUUAAUUCAAUAUUUUUGCAGAUUCCGGAUCUGAAGCCAGUUUCGACCCACUGGAGCCCGUUAUUCCCGACGAAUAA